AUAGCAAAGGAAUAUGGAAACAUUUUUACUAUAUGGGGAGGAUUUAUGCCUCUGGUAAUACUGUCUGGAUUUCAAGCCGUGAAAGAAGGGCUAAUUGAGAAUUCAGAAAUAUUCUCUGGGAGACCGGUCACUCCGUUCUAUCAAGCUGUAGCACAAGAAAAGGGUAUCGUAUUCUCUAAUGGUCACACCUGGAAGCAGCAGAGGAAGUUCGGGAUAGUUACCAUGCGGAAGCUGGGAAUGGGGAAGAAGGGUGUGCAGAGCCAAAUAGAAGAAGAGGCUUGUCAACUUGUGGAGACUUAUGCACAUGCAAAGGGGCAGCCACUUGACCCUUCAUUACCCAUCCUAAAUUCAGUCUGCAAUGUGAUCUGUGCUCUGGUUUUUGGACAUCGGUAUUCUGUUGAUGAUGAACAGUUCCUCAAGCUGAUGAGUUCCAUUGAGUGUAGUGUAACAUUUGGAGGUACCUUCUUUCAUCUUCUCUAUGAAGCGGUCCCAUGGCUCAUGAAACACAUCAAAUGGCCAUACAAAAAGGCAUUUGCAGCCGUAGAUGUUGUGCUUUCACAUGCAAGGAAAGAGACAGAAGCGCAUAGGAUGCAACUGGCAGAGCAUGAUCCGCGGGAUUUCAUCGAUUACUAUCUACUUCAGAUGGAGAAAAGCAAGAAUGACCCCACCUCAACAUACGAUGAACCCAACUUGUUUCAAUGUAUUUCUGACUUAUUUGUUGCUGGGACAGACACAACCAGCGCCACUCUGCAAUGGGGACUGCUUCUCAUGGUGACUCAUCCAGAUAUCCAAGAGAAAGUUCAGAAGGAGAUAGAAGAUGCUUUUGGUUCCUCCCAGUCAAUCGGCUAUCAAGAUCGGAAGAAAGUGCCAUUUACCUUUGCUGUGAUUCAUGAGAUCCAGCGUUUCAAAUGUAUCUUAUUAGCUGGGAAUCCGAGAGAAACUGUGCAGGAUGUGACCGUUCUUGGUUCUUUCAUUCCUAAGGGUACCGUCAUUGUUCCAGACGUACACUCAGUUGUUUAUGAUCCCAAGAUAUGGGAGACCCCUCGAAAGUUCAACCCAAAUCAUUUUUUGGACAAAGAUGGGAAAUUUGUGGAUAGAGAAGAACUUUUGCUCUUUGGUGCAGGAGCUCGGGAGUGUCCAGGGAAAGAGAUGGCAAAGAUGGAGCUCUUCACCUUCUUCACCAGCCUGCUGAGAGCCUUCACCUUCAAGCUGCCAGAAGGAGUGACAGAAGUAAACUCAGAGCCUGCAAAAGGCCUGACAAUGACUCCACAACAUUAUAAGCUCUGUGCUAUUCCUCGGCUCAGUGAAUCAUGACCCAUAACGAUCAUUAGAGCAGUUUACUUCUUCAUAUCCAUUUCUCC